UAUCCAGGUGUGACUUGAGGUUGGGGGCUGUUGGAAGACUCAUCUGCUUGUUGCUGUAGAAGGAUCAACUCCCACAGUCCUGCUUUCUCCAAGGUCCUGUAGCCAUGGCCCGGUUCUCUCUGACAUGUCUGAGCCUUCUGCUCCUGCUGUUCUUGGUGAUCAGCGCUGAGAGCACAGAGACAGGAGCAAAGCCACGGAGGAGGAUGAAGAGAAACUGGCUUCCUCCUCCUGCCAAGCUCGUGGAAAACACAGACUACACCCAGAAAACCGUUGCAAAGAUUCGCUCCGACAAAGACCGACAAUACAAGGUGGAGUAUUACUUGAGAGGUAAGGGGGCAGAUGAACCCCCUUACAACUUAUUCAAAGUAGACCAUGUAACUGGACUCGUGAGUAUCACCAGCACACUGGACUGGGAAACACACCCUUCCUUCCAUCUCAGAGGCAUUGCCAGAUAUUUGAAUGGGACCGAAGCGGAGGAUGAGGUUCCACUGAUUUUCACCGUUGUGGACCAGAAUGACAAUGCUCCAACCUUGGAGACGCACUAUGGGAACGUCACAGAGUCAAGUAAAAAAGGAACCUACGUCAUGCAGAUCACGGCUAAAGAUAAAGAUGACCCAGACACUCCCAACGCCGAGAUUGCCUACUCCAUCAUCAGCCAGGAGCCGCCUUUGAAUGGCCACAUGUUCCGUAUCGGAAAAAAGACGGGGAAACUUUAUGUGAAAGAGCCCAACCUGGACCGAGAGAAAUAUGACUUCUACAAGCUGGUCAUCCAAGUCACUGACAUGGGAGGGGAACCAGGGGGCCUCACAGGUACAGGAACGGUGGAGAUCAAAGUGCUGGAUAUCAAUGACAACAUUCCCACUCUGGAAAAGUCUGAGUAUGACGGCACAGUGGAGGAAAACGUAGCUAACGUUGUUGUGAUGAAAAUCAAAGCUCUGGACAACGAUGAGAAAUUCACAGAUAACUGGCUGGCUGUCUUUAAAAUUGAUAAAGGGAACGAGAACCAACUCUUUUCCAUUGAGACAGACAAUAAAACCAACGAAGGCAUCCUGAAGCUGGUCAAGGCAGUGGAUUUUGAGGAAGUGCAGAACCUGGAGCUCGGCCUGGUCAUUAGGAAUGUUGCUCCCUUUGUGAAAGGUGGCCCUGUAAGCAUGGAUGUAGGAGUUCAGAUUGGUGAAGGUGAUGGCAAAGGAGCUGGACUCGGUGCUGGGGCUGGUGCUGGUGCUGGAGCUGGAGUUGGAGCUGAUCUAGGUGUAGACCUUGAUGUAGACUUAGGAGCAGGCUUAGAUUUGGGACUUGAUUUAAAUGUAGACCUAGAUGCAGACCUAGAUGCGGAUCUGGACGGGGACUUAGGACUGGAUGCAGAACUUGGUCCUGGUGUUGGGCUCAAGCCUAAUCUUGGCAUCAAGCCAGCUGGCGGGCUCAAGCCUAAUCUUGGAGUCAAGCCUGGGGCAGGACCUGGGGCUGGACCUGGGCCUGGGCCUGGAGUGGGGAUUGGACUUAAACCAAACAUGCCAAACAUGCCAGGCAAAUUAAGACCAGGACCUAAGAAGAACCCAGAUGAACCCAAAAGCUAUCCCAUUAAAAUAGCAGUGAAAAAUGUUCCGGAAGGUCCAGCAUUCAUACCCACCAUCAAGGAGGUUCCAGUGUCUGAGGACAAAAACGAUUUACCUGAAAAUGGAGUCAUCACUGUGUUCGCUGCUGUCGAUCCAGAUACAAAAAAGCCGGCUGAGGACGUCAGUUAUGCCAAAGGGCUUGAUCCAGACAACUGGUUUACUAUUGAUGAAAAGACUGCAGAGAUCAAACUCAACAAGGUACCAGACAGAGAGUCUCCAUUCUUGGUCAACGGUGUCUACACAGCCAAAAUUCUGGCCAUAAACAAAGACAUGCCCCCCAAAACAGCCACGGGAACUAUUGCCAUCAAAGUGGCUGACUCCAACGACCACUGUCCCACUCUGACCAGCACCCACAGCAGUCUGUGCUCUGACAAAAAGACUGUGUUUGUCACUGCUUUCGAUGAAGAUGCCGAUCCUAACGCUGCUCCCUUCUUCUUCAACAUCGUUCCUGAAGGAACACGAGGCAGCUGGGAAGUGGAGGUCGUCAAUGAAACCACUGUUGCUCUUCACUCCAAAGAAUCGUUGUGGCCUGGAGUGUAUGAGCUGCAGUUGGAGGUGAAGGAUGCUCAGAAUCUGUCCUGUCCAACCACUGAGGUCUUCACUGUGGACGUCUGCACCUGUGAGGGAGUGGAGGAUUGCAGCCUGAAGAUGGAUCGGAUGAAAUCCAAAAAGACGGAGGUGUCUGCAGGAGUCAUUGGACUUCCGUUAAUGGCGUUGUGCUUGUUGCUAUUGGUUCCUUGUUUCCUGCUCUUGUGUCAGUGUGGAGGAGCAGGUAAGGUUUUCUCAGACCAGUUCAGUCAGCUGCCGUUUGAAACCACAGAGCAUCUGAUAGCUUAUCACACUGAAGGCAAAGGCGAGGACAAGGAGUUACCACUCCACAGUGUUCCUGUUGGUUCCCCAAAAAACCCUGAUGCCAUGGGUUUUCUGAAUUUCAACAGCAUGUCCUCAACUAAUACAAACGUGGCCUUCAUGCAGGCCGUCAAGGGCUCUGCAAACAUGUUUGGAGAGGGCACAGGAUUCUUAGAAACCGAGAACUCCCAAGGGUUUUUAAGGGAGGACAUGCUCCAUGACUCUUCAACAUUCGGAAUGCAAGCAUUCAUGCAGGACACAGCCACUCUGGAUGAGGACAUGGCCCUCCCUGAAGAUUUUCUUGCCAACUACUACUCACAGAAAUCCAUGUGUGAUUUCCCAGUGAAGGACACUCUAUUGGAAUUCGAAGAAGAGGGCCGGGGGUCGCCUGCUAACUCGGUGGGCUGCUGCAGCCUUUUGGACUCUGAUACCGACUUAGAGUUCCUCAAUGACCUUGGGGAAAAGUUUAAGAUUUUGGCAGAGAUAUGUUCCCCUUCUUCGAUAACUGUCAGAUCCUCAGUGACACAGAGAUCAACCGGUGUUCUCAGAACCACAUCUGAAGUGAUUGAACCGGUUUUGAAGCCUGAGGUUAAGAGUGUUGUUGUAAGAAAGCAGUCUGGCAUAAACACAGAGAAAUCUGUGUCAUCUGCAAAAACCUUUACUUCAUCUUCCAGCAAAGUUCGUGGCGCCUCAUCCUCCAUGAGACUUCCUCAUCGCUCCCGGAUCUCAAACACUGGCCGUUCUUCUGAUGUGAGCAUUUCUUCUGAUCUGGGCUAUUCUUCUGAUCUCAGCUGUUCUUCUGAAAUAGGCCGUUCUUCUGGUCUGAGGCGUUCUGCUACACUACAUUAUCCCGCUCAGAGAGUUGUCCUGCAGCAGCCACUUUACUAUACCACCAACACUAUGCUGCAACCUAUGCAGUACAUGAUGGCACCUAAUCCGCAGAAUACUGUUAUGCUCGAGAACUGGUCCGGUGGAAGCAAUCUUUCAGGUCUUGUCCUGAUCAAUGGUUCCCAGGGUCCAUCCGGACCUCUUAUCAGUGGAGGUCUAGACUCACUUUCAGGGGUAGUUACCUCAAGUACAGAGAGCUUCGUAAACCUCCAAAGUCCUGUCAGCCCCACAGUGCUGUUGUCUGGCCCCCCAGGUCCUGGACACGUUUCUGGCUCUGCAGAGAGCUGGGGAUUAAUGGCACCAAAUUCUAAUGGUCCAUCUGGACCUCUUAUCAGUGGAGGUCCAGACUCACUUUCAGGGGUAGUUGCCUCAAGCACAGAGAGCUUCGUAAACCUCCAAAGUCCUGUCAGCCCCACAGUGCUGUUGUCUGGCCCCCCAGGUCCUGGACACGUUUCUGGCUCUGCAGAGAGCUGGGGAUUAAUGGCACCAAAUUCUGGUGGCAGCUUCAUGCUGGUCUCAAACAAUUCACUUGAGGCACAGGAGAUCCCAGGUCCUUCUCAGGGCAUUUUGUCUAGAGAGGCUAACCUGGAGUAAGAGGCUGUUCCCCUUCAGAGGGUGUGUAACGUGACAGCCCAGGGAAUCACAUCUACAGACAACUUUGUUGUUGCUGUGAAGCACAGUUCCAUAAAACUUCACAUUUUCUGGCACAGAAAAUUGGAUUCAGAACAAAUAGGCUUUGUUUUAGACAAAAAAAGAGAAAUAAGAUUGCAGCAUAUCAUAGCCUAUGUUUUGUUUUCUUCCAUAGUAACAAAGUUUUACCAGCUCAGACCUGCAUAGCUGGAAUAAAACGCAUCAACAGUAAUUAUCACAACUGAUGGUUUUCAUCACAAAAACAACGCCAGUUGUUCUAGAGAUGUUUUUCAGCUUUGGGACGAUUUGAAAAACUCAAAUCGAAGCCGAAAUGAAUCCCCACCUCAAGAGAAGCCAGGGAAAAGUCAGAAGUUCUUGAGAUUGGGCCUUCAACAAGACAUCGUCUCACACCAGAGGAAGAAUACAGAGGAAGACUCUCAAAACAAAAACAAUGUCCUUCCGUACAUCGUCAGUGUCUUUGAGAGAUAGAAAAUCCUUUGUGCUUAACACCAAAUACAAGUCCAUUUCAAACCUAGUAACACAAGGAGGCAGAAACUGGUCACAACACAACUCCCCAUAAGAAGAAACAAUGUAGUUUAUGCUAUCCAUAUUUCCAUGUGUACUCUUUGCAUCUAUGGACUCCCCGAAAUUCACAAGCAAGAUCCAUAACCAAGAGCAUCAAAUAACGUACAACAUUUCUAAACAUCUAGGCACAAUCUUGGGACCACUGGUUGGACACACAGAUCACCACAUCUAAAACUCAGAGCAAAGGGUUCAACUGGACACGAAUGAAACCAUGAUGUUCUUUAAUGUCACAUCACUUCGCAUCCCCUACAUGGAUGCUUGCCUGGCUGUCAGAGGAAGACUAGAGGACGAUGGCCCCCUGGCCAAUGGGAGCAGUCUCAACCCAGACCAAAUUUGUCUACUUCUGGAUCUAUUCUUGAACACCACUAACUUUAGUUACAAAUGCAAAUUAUACAAGUAGAAGCAUGACCUCCAUAGAAGCAUAGGCUCCACUGUGCCUCAGUGGUCAUCAACUUAUACAUGGAGGCAGUGGAGAAUCAAGCCCCUUGUUCCUUUCAGGGAUCAUCACCGUCUCUUGACUGACACCUGGGUGAAGGUUACAAUCAAGGAGGUGCAAACAUCACAGUGCAUUUACAUACUGUGGAUCCUAACAUUAAAUUUACUAGAGAGGACACCAAGAACAACCAGCUGGCCGUCCUGGACUGUGCAGUCAUCUGAGGCAAAGAGGGUAACCUCCAAAUAGAAAUAUACAGGGAGCCCCUGCACACAAAUCAAUACCUUUUGUUUGACUCCCGGUCCAAAACAAACUGGGAGUAAUCAAAACCUCGAACCACAAGGCAAAUCAACACAGAGGUCCACCUUAAGUUGGCUCUGAAAACCUGUGGAUAUCUCAAAUGGCCUUUCAACAAAGGUAACAUCUCACAUCAGGAAGAAUAGUUUCCUGGACAGUAAUAUAGUCAUUCUGUACGUCGUUGAUGACUCAGAGAUAGUUUUUGCCAAACACAAGCCCAUUCCAAACCUAGUAACACAAGGAGGCAGAAACUGCUCACAACACAACUCCCCAUAAGAAGAAACAAUGUAGUUUAUGCUAUCCAUAUUUCCAUGUGUACUCUUUGCAUCUAUGGACUCCCCGAAAUUCACAAGCAAGAUCCAUAACCAAGAGCAUCAAAUAACGUACAACAUUUCUAAACAUCUAGGCACAAUCUUGGGACCACUGGUUGGACACACAGAUCACCACAUCUAAAACUCAGAGCAAAGGGUUCAACUGGACACGAAUGAAACCAUGAUGUUCUUUAAUGUCACAUCACUUCGCAUCCCCUACAUGGAUGCUUGCCUGGCUGUCAGAGGAAGACUAGAGGACGAUGGCCCCCUGGCCAAUGGGAGCAGUCUCAACCCAGACCAAAUUUGUCUACUUCUGGAUCUAUUCUUGAACACCACUAACUUUAGUUACAAAUGCACAUUUUGCAAGUAGAAGCAUGACCUCCAGAGAAGCAUAGGCUCCACUGUGCCUCAGUGGUCAUCAACUUAUACAUGGAGGCAGUGGAGAAUCCAGCCCCUUGUUCCUUUCAGGGAUCAUCACCAUCUCUUGACUGACACCUGGGUGAAGGUUACAAUCAAGGAGGUGCAAACAUCACAGUGCAUUUACAUACUGUGGAUCCUAACAUUAAAUUUACUAGAGAGGACACCAAGAACAACCAGCUGGCCGUCCUGGACUGUGCAGUCAUCUGAGGCAAAGAGGGUAACCUCCAAAUAGAAAUAUACAGGGAGCCCCUGCACACAAAUCAAUACCUUUUGUUUGAGUCCCGGUCCAAAACAAACUGGGAGUAAUCAAAACCUCGAACCACAAGGCAAAUCAACACAGAGGUCCACCUUAAGUUGGCUCUGAAAACCUGUGGAUAUCUCAAAUGGCCUUUCAACAAAGGUAACAUCUCACAUCAGGAAGAAUAGUUUCUUGGACAGUCCCAUAGUCAUUCUGUACGUCGUUGAUGACUCUGAGAUAGUUUUUGCCAAACACAAGCCCAUUCCAAAGCUACCAACACAUGGAGACAAAAACUGGCUCAACCAAAGACCCCACACCCAAAGAAAAAGAAGCAAUGUUGUUUAUGCUGUCCAGUGCAGUGAAGAUGACCAGAGCUGAACACUGAAGAAACAAAACAGCCACUACACACCAGCACAAGACAAACAACACCUCAGGACCACUUUCUGCUGUGCAUUCACAUUCAAAAGACAUGUGACACUCCUUUGAAAUGAACAGAGACAGAGAACAGAUGUUUGAAAGAGGAGUCAAGGAAGUAACACAUGAACAUGUUUGACACAAGGGACCUCCCCUUCCUGUUGAUCAACCAUUUUGAAAGUAAUAUUGUUUUUUUUGACAGAUCUUCAUUCUUGCUGCAGAUUUACAUUCUAACAGUUGAGCCACAUUUUCAAAGAUACCAACAGAUUCCGACAGUAGAUUCAUUUUUAACAGUAGAUUUAUGCUCUAGUCCAAGUCAGUAGAAGAUCUCACUCAUAGAGUAAAUACACAAUCUUUCAAUAUAUUUUUGGGUUCUCUUGUUAGAUUCACAUUCUGUAGAAGAUCUAUGAUUCUGUGGUGAACUGAAUUACUUUCAGCAUUCGGUGGUUCUGACUUUGUUAGCAGAUGUAGUCCCUAAACUUAGUGAAUGUCUUCAUUGUGUAAAUAAAAGUGGGGCUGCUUAAAGCUGUUGUUUGAUAAAGUUAUGUGUGGAUUUUUGAGCUCUUUAAUAUACGGUAUGUUUUGGAGCUCUCUUCAAAUUUAGGGUAAAGUCAAGGUUGUGUUAGACAUUUGGUUGAUCCUCACAUCUUUAAAGGGCCUAUACCACGCUAUAUAUUACUUCUGGCACACUAAGGAGCAAAUUAUUCAUGAAAUAUGGAUUAUUUUCAUGAACUAUUUUUCCACCCGGAAGUAAUAUUACUCCAUCACUGAGGCUCCGCCUUCUGCUCCUUGUGGGUACCACCCAUUUCAUGACAUCAUCCUAGAGCAGCGUGUCACUCACAAAAACAAACAACAUCUGAACUUUUGCAAAGGUGGAUGUGCAUAUUGCAUAUAAAAUGAAAGCGUUUUGCCGAUCAUCGCUAGCUCAGCGGAAAAAGGGUGUGUUUGUGUUAUCCUGGGGGCGGAGCUGGCAGCGAAGACUCUUCCUGGAAGGAGCUACUCUCACUUUGUGAUGUCACAAUGUGAGGGCCUGCUGCUAAGAGAGAAGGUUUUUAGAGGAAUGCUCAGAAAUGCGUAAAUUGAUCCAAAUACUUUUGGGGUUAUUUUGUGAGGAAUUAACAUUAUAAUACACUUAAAAACUCAAAACAGUUGAUUUUACAUGAUAUAUGCCCUUUAUCUUUCUCUUUUCAAAGAGGUUGUGGGACGAGGCAAUUUGUAAUGAUUGUGUUUGAAAAGAAUAUCAGAUGAUAAGAGAAGUUGUCUUACUUUCUUUUUUGGCUGUGGUUGGUUUCUGUGAUUUUUUUUCUGUGCUUUGUGAAGCAGAGGGGACAUGUUUGAACAAUAAACAGCUGAAAACUUCCA